ACACACCCCUUUCCACAUCUGUGUUACCUCUUCAGGAGUUCCCAGUGGUGGGACAGAGGUCAGCACUAACAGAUACCUGGCAGAGGGGAGCUGCUGCAGGAGAUCCCUCACUCCAGAUUCGUCCCAGAAGGGGACUGUGGUGAUGGGAGAGGCUCUUGAAACUGGUGACAUCUGAAUGAGGCCUGGAAGAUAGAUCUUAAUUGGGAAGAAAGCCACACCAGACAGAACUCACUGUCUGAGAUGCUGUUUUGAUACUUUCGGAGAAAUCAGGGAACAUGAUAAGAAAUUGGCUGCUUGUGUUUAUCCUUUUUCCUCUGAAGCUCAUAGAGAGAUGUGAGUCAACUGUCAGCCUCACUGUUCCUCCUGUUGUAAAGCUGGAAAAUGGCAGCUCGGCCAACGUCAGCAUCACCCUUGGGGAGCCAUUAAAUGCAACCUUGGUGUUCACUUUUGAAAUCACAUUUCAGUCAAAAAAUAAUACUAUCCUUGAGCUCCCUGAUGAAGUUGUAGUGCCUCCUGGAGUGACAGAGUCCUCUUUUCAAGUAACAUCUCAAAAUGUUGGACAAGUGACCAUUUAUCUGCAUAGAAAUCAUUCCAACCAGACCAGCUCAAGGAUACUCUUCUUUGUGAUCCGAAGCAACAUCAUUAGCAUCAUAAACCAAGUGAUUGGCUGGAUCUAUUUUAUGGCCUGGUCCAUCUCCUUCUAUCCUCAGGUGAUCAAGAACUGGAGACGGAAAAGUGUUGUUGGUCUGAGCUUCGAUUUCUUGGCCCUGAACUUGAUGGGCUUCGCGGCCUACAGUGUGUUCAACAUUGGCCUCCUAUGGGUGCCCUACAUCCAGGAACAGUUUCUCCUCAAGUACCCCAACGGUGUGAACCCGGUGGAAUAUAAUGACGUCUUCUUCAGCCUGCACGCAGUUGUCCUCACCGUGAUUGUCAUCAUACAGUGCUGCCUCUAUGAGCGAGGCAGCCAGCGUGUGUCAUGGCCUGCCAUCGGCUUCCUGGUGCUCGCAUGGCUCUUCGCAAUCAUCACCAUGAUUGUAGCUGCAGUCGGGGCAACCACAUGGCUGCAGUUUCUCUUCUGCUUCUCCUACAUCAAGCUCGCUGUCACGCUGAUCAAGUACUUCCCACAGGCCUACAUGAACUUUUACUACAAAAGCACCGAGGGCUGGAGUAUUGGUGGUGUGUUCCUGGACUUCACAGGGGGUAGCUUCAGUCUCCUCCAGAUGUUCCUCCAGUCCUACAAUAAUGACCAGUGGACAUUGAUCUUCGGAGACCCAACCAAGUUUGGCCUAGGCAUCUUCAGCAUCUUCUUCGAUGUUGUCUUCUUCAUCCAGCACUUCUGUUUGUACAGAAAGAAACCAGGCCUUCAGGCAGCAUACACAGGUCCUGACAGCCAUCCCAGGCAGAAUCUGAUGCUGAGCCUGCAACCGAAGGCCUUGCCUCAAACAACCAGUGUUUCUGGGAGCAACUUGAAAGGCUGACCUUGCAAUCAGGAAAGAACAAGGGUGCCUUGCUGUGCCGAUGGACUCAAAGGUGCCAGUAGUGGAGAGUCAAGGACUUCGGGGUUAGGCCUUGCAGUCCAUCCUCUGAAAGCCACAUUCCAGACACCUGCUCAUUCUACGUAACUCCACUUCCAUGACUGCAGUAACAGGGCCUGGUAAAGACUAUUCCUGAGUCCCUGUAAGAUGGUUCUGACUAGUCUCACACCCAGUGCCCUCUGGAUCUUUACCAUAGUCAGAUACCACACUAACCCCUUUCAGUUUUUGGAGGGAUGUUUUGGAAACGGCUUACUCUCUUUUGCCUUCUAUCCUACCUCCACAUUCUGAGAGACAGAUAGGGCCUCAUCUGAGUGCCCCUGUUCCUAACCCAGCACCUGGAGAGCAGGACACACCCUCUACCAGUCUGUGCCUUACAGGCCUGUUAGUCCUGCCAAGUGGUGAGAGUAGCUCCCCUGGAAGGGAGGGCAGGCCCCUUCCCUUUCUUUCUCCAGACCCCUACAUGAGAUUCCAACUUUUUGGUUAUAGAGGAACCCCAGAAAACUUGAGAUCCCCUGAACACAAUGCUUAUGGACCCAACCCUAGUCUCAAAGCUCCUUCCCUCCCACCCCAAGCUGUUAUCCUACAGCAGGAGGAGACGGACCCAGGAUGUGCCUUAUAAAUGCCUUGAGCUUAUCAAUCCACUCUUUUUUUAUUCAAGACCAAUGCAAGGGGCCUGUAUCCUUUUGCAAAACUUGGCUUUUCUGCAUACUCUGAGCAUUUGCUGGAUGCAGAAAGCAGGUAUGCUGGCCUUCAGAACCAAGUCCUUGGGGCUUAGGAGCCACCUUUGCUCUCCUGUGAAGGCAAGCAUGGGGCUGUGGAGUUCAUUGACCCCAGGUGUCUGUAUGCUGAGCCUCCGCUUCAUCAGGGGAAGCCCCUGCUGGAUAGUACAAGACGCCUGCCCGUUCAGGGCCAGGUAGAUCUGCCAGUACCAAGGCACAGGAGCUGCUCAAACCAUAGAUGUGAACAGGUUGGAAUAUUUAAGGGCACUGGAAGGAGGAACAGAAAAGGUCCUGCUGUAACAACUACCAAGGAAUUUAAGGUGCUUUCUCUAGGGGAGAGAUUGCAGCCUUAAGCCCACAGACCUGUUUGAUUUCAGCCAUCAAGUUAUUUUUAUAAUGUGUGUUACUGGGCACUAGACUUUAAAAAUGAAAGAUUUCAAA